AAAUCUUGAACCUCCAAACGUAUCCACAUAGCUUCGCGUAAACAAAAAUGGCGACUGCAGACCCUGGACCCUCGAAUGACGGCGGACCAGCUAGCAGAGGAUUCCCGUCUGGCGAAAAGAGUAACGAGCGAGAUGGCCCAAGCGAGAGCGGUGGAGAAGGUGAACGCGAGCGAGACCGGGCUACGUUCGAAUGUAAUAUUUGUUUGGAUACAGCAAGAGACGCGGUCAUCAGUUUGUGUGGCCAUCUAUUCUGCUGGCCCUGUUUGCACCAGUGGCUAGAGACCAGACCCAGCAGACAGCAGUGUCCUGUGUGUAAGGCUGGCAUCAGCAGAGACAAAGUCAUCCCCCUUUAUGGCCGAGGAAGCAGCAGCCAAGAGGACCCCAGGUUGAAAACCCCACCUCGACCUCAAGGCCAGAGACCUGAGCCAGAGAGUAGAGGGCCUUUCCAGGGUUUUGGGGACACGGGUUUCCACAUGUCGUUUGGCAUAGGAGCGUUUCCCUUCGGUUUCUUCACCACAGUCUUCAACACCAAUGACCCUUUCCACAGAGCAGAUUAUGUGGGUGAUCACCAAGGCAACGGGAACGCCAAUAAUGGGAACAACUGGCAAGACUCUCUCUUCCUAUUUCUGGCCAUCUUUUUCUUCUUCUGGAUGCUGAGUGUGUAAGCCAGACAGCGGCAGCAGAAAGACUUGAGGAGAUGAGGGAUGAGGAGAGAGACAGGGAGAUGGGUGAGACUGGAGAUGGGGAUAGGCGCACCAUUUAGCAAACUCUGAAAGAACACACACACACACACACACACACAUACACACUCUCUCACUCUCACUCUCACAUACACUCGAAAGAGCAGUGGAGUGUUACGUAAAUGGAAUGUACUCAUUGGGAGACUACUAACAGUCACACAUAAUAGGCCAGCACUGUAUGAGUGUGCAGUGUGCAACGACACACAACCUAGUGGUGAAUAAGCACUUUUUGUCUGUCCAUCUCUACCUCCCUCUGUCCUCUCCUCUCUUGGCCUCAUCCCUUCCCCCGACACACACAUGUGCACACACACACUCAUGAAGUGGGACCUGGCCAUAGGCCACGGCACAGCUGGCUACUGGAGCGCCACUGGCCAUGUGGAUGCUGUCCGUAUUGAACAUCGAGUAGAGUCAGUAUUACAGAGAGGGAUCAGAGCUGAUCAGUGAGGUUUGAUUCAUAGCUGAUAGUGCAUCUACCCAGGGUACACUGUUCUAGAUGUUAGACCGAAGUAUUACAAGGGGAGUGGCACACUGCCAUGAGAAGUGAGCGCAAUUUCCUUCUCUGUUUGGUAGACUUUGUGCAAGAAGCCCUCUGAAUAAGUGAACUGGAGAAGGCUGAACGAUAAUUUGUUCACUAGACUCUAAGUCUCUCCUAUUACAUUAUUUGCUUAAUUCAUACCAAAGACGUGAUUUUUAACUCAAAAAGAUUUGCACAAGGACAUGUAGUUUACAGUAAGAAAAGAAAUCAAAUAAAUUCUUGUUUCAUAAAUACUAGCUACAUAUGUGGCAUCGUACCUUCCCUGCCAUUAUAGCAACAUAGCAGUGUACAAGCCACCAUUUCAUUGUGCGAUGUCCUGAAAUAAUAUAAUUCAUUUAUAGUGGAACCUUUGGCGUACUGUUCUGCACCUGAACGACGUUGUUGCAAAGUAAAUAAUUUAAGAUCUAAAUAGUCUACAAGGAACAGUAGUAAUGGAAUAUUGUACUCAGAGAGCGGUCAAUCAUUUUCCUGGUCAGUGUCAGAGUAUAGAUCUUUCAUACUCCUUGGUUGUACUAUAAUACACAGCACAAUGAGGGCACACACAUGAAGUGCUAGUGUCUUCACUGUAAAAUCCUUGGACACUUGAGGUAGACCUGACAUAUGUGACUGACCAUCAGAACUCAAGUGGUACUAUGAGUGGCUAAGCGAGUAAAGUGUUAGUAGCUUGGGGGAGUGUGUGUGUGUGUGUGUGUGAGAGAGAGUGUGUAUGUGUGUAAUUAUUCCUUUACCACAUCUUUAUUCCAGCAACAAUAAUGUUUUGCCCCAAACCAUUUUGGAUCCUUUUUUGAAAUGCAGGUGUAGCACAGAGCAGGCGGGUUAUUCUCCAUAGUGUUAAGGUGGUUAAUGUCCAUGCACAGCCCCAACUGGUAGAGAUGCACCAAACUUGCGUGUUAUUCCAGAAGCACACCAGCUUCCCUGGUAUGAACAUAUGGAUAUGGUGACGUUUCUGUCCCUCUUGUAUCAAUGGCUAUUCUCAGUCUUGAAGUCUUGUCUGUUUGUGUGUGUGUAUAUGUGUGUGUACAUAUCUGUGUAUAUAUGACAAAUGCUGAUUUUAAACAUGUCGCCACUGGCCAUUACCAUGCGAGGUGGGGCAUAAAGUUGUGCAGAAAUGUUAGUUCUUAAUUGUACAUGUAAUCUGAUGGACAGUGGGUUGACUUCCUGCUUGGCCCUCCAGACAGUACGGAGGCUUUAAUUGGAUGAUGCGACCUACGUAAACCAGUGAGUCAAUUGGGAUAGGCCACUCAUCAAGUCUGUAUGGGCAGACUGUUCCUCAAUAAAAAUGUCAGGUAGAUACAUGGCUCAAUUGAAUCAGAAUAAUAACUGCUUUUCAUUAGGUAGUCAUGGCAAUGGACAAAUUGGGGUUGGUUUUAUUUUAUUUUUUUGCAUAUCACUGUCUAGUUCAAUGACUCCUUUGUAUUAUACUUUGUGACACUAAAAACAGGCAGACGACCUUUGUACCACAAGUCUUUUUCUGUGGUCUUUUUACUUAAGGAGACUUGAUGCAAAGGCAAAAGCAGAGAUUUUAAAUGACCUUAAAAUGAGGACUGUUUUCUGUCAGUGAAUAAAUGUUUAAUACAGCUGA